AAAAGUCAGUCAGCUCACUAGAGCCAGGGGACAUGAGGUCUCUUUGCCAGACUGAGUUCCGUCCGUCCCUGAGAGCAGCACAGUGCCCAGCCCCACCCCUUGCUCUGUGCCCCCUCCACUGCCGAAGACUUUGACCUUGUAUUCCAGUCCUAGCUGGUGGGCCGAGGGCUGAAGUCAACACUCCCCAGAAUCAGGAGUAUCCCUGCCAGAAACAGGAACGUGCAACCCCACACCGUUCUUCUCCAGGCACCUGGCACAAGUGGCUGGUGAGAUGCGUGUGGUCGUGAUUGGAGCGGGAGUCAUCGGACUGUCCACUGCCCUCUGCAUUCAUGAGCGUUUCAGCCCUGUGCAGCCACUGCACAUGAAGAUCUACGCAGACCGCUUUACCCCAUUCACCACUAGUGACGUGGCUGCGGGCUUUUGGCAGCCCUAUCUCUCAGACCCCAGGAACCCUCAGGAAGUGGAGUGGAAUCAGCAAACCUUCGACUACCUGCUGAGCCAUAUCCAUUCUCCAAAUGCUGAAAAAAUGGGCUUGUCCCUAAUCUCAGGCUACAAUCUCUUCAAAGAAGAAGUUCCGGACCCUUUCUGGAGGAACACAGUUCUGGGAUUUCGGAAGCUGACCCCCAGAGAGAUGGACAUAUUCCCUGAUUAUGGCUACGGCUGGUUCAACACAAGCCUGACUUUAGAGGGGAAGAGCUACCUGCCAUGGCUGACUGAGAGGUUGACAGAGAGGGGAGUGAAGCUCUUCCAUCGGAAGGUGGAAUCUUUUGAAGAGGUGGCAAGAGGAGGCGCGGAUGUGAUUAUCAACUGCACUGGGGUGUGGGCUGGAGCGCUGCAAGCAGACACCUCCCUGCAGCCCGGCCGGGGCCAGAUCAUUCAGGUGGAGGCCCCUUGGAUGAAGCAUUUUAUCCUCACCCAUGACCCACGCCUUGGCAUCUACAACUCCCCAUACAUCAUCCCAGGGUCCAAGACAGUUACUCUCGGAGGUGUCUUCCAGCUGGGGAACUGGAAUGAAUUAAACAGUGUCCAUGACCACAACACCAUUUGGAAGAGCUGCUGUAAACUGGAGCCCACCCUGAAGAAUGCAAGAAUCGUUGGGGAACUCACUGGCUUCCGGCCGGUCCGGCAUCAGGUUCGGCUAGAAAGAGAGCAGCUUCAUUUUGGAUCUUCGAGUGUUGAGGUCAUCCAUAACUAUGGUCAUGGAGGCUACGGGCUCACAAUUCACUGGGGUUGUGCAAUGGAGGCAGCCAACCUCUUUGGGAAAAUUCUAGAAGAAAAGAAGUUGUCCAGGAUGCCUGCAUCCCACCUCUAAGGACUCUAGUGACCAUCACUUGCCCCUUGAGGACAUCCCAGUACCCUACAGCCAAUUAAGUGAUAGUCUCCUUGCUGAUUCUUCACUCCCCGCUCCCUGGCUUCCUUGGGCAAAGGUGUGAGGUGAGGAAAUCCUGGCACUCUGCUCAUCCGUCACGGCCUGGUCCUUCCCACACAUCCUAUCUGGCUAAGCAUCUGUAGGAUGGAUCCUGGCUGGUCCUAAGCCCAUCUAUAUGAGACAGGCAGCAUCUAGGACCAUGUAGCAAUCCUGUUCUCACAACAGGAUGACUGUACUAAAGCUGGUUGUACUGGGUGGCAGGGUCUGGGCUCAGUUCCCUAAGAGGUGGUCCAGAAACUUUUGCUUAGAACUCUGAAGAGUGAUUCACAACACACUUGCUGUCUACCAGUAGUGACGGGAGGAGGGGGGACUCCUGCCCUCAGCACUCCAUUGGUCAAUACUAUUAAAACACUCUUGGGAUAUCCCAACUCUCUUCAGGGUCGAUCCUAAGACAUGUCUUUCCCUCAUUCUCACCACCACGAAGGCCAUCUCUGUGGUCUUGAGGAGACUUUAUCUAGGUUGUACCUGCAUGUGCCAGGGCAGGAGAAGAGGGGAGGGCAUAGCUCAGAGCCUUGAGCAUAGAAGGUAAGUGCUAUACCACAGAGCCAAACCCCGUGCUCUUGAGACCUGAAAUCAGAGAGAGAAGUGACCAACCUUGGUACACUGAAUAUCUUUUUUUUACGUUUGUUAAUCUACUGUGUACAUGUAUGUGGGUGGGAACAUCCACGGUCGUGAUAUGUUGGGAUCAGAGGACAACCUGUGGCAGCCUUCUCUCCUUCUACCUGUGGGUUCCAGGGAUCAAGCUCAGGGCUUCUGUCUUGGCAGCAAGCGCCUUUACCCACUGAGUCAUCUCACCAGCUUACUGAACAUAUUUUGACAUUUUCUGAAAUAGAAUCUCAUGUGGAGAGAAACAGAUGACAUUUCCACUAAUAAACAGACCUUCUGUAA